AUGCCUCUCAUACUCGCCCCAUGCGAUCGCGACCCGCGACCCCUCAAACGCGAACGUCUGUGUGGGGAUGAGGCUCUCAAAUCCCUCACCAACGACGCUGAGCUCUGGUUCAGAGACGGAAAUGUCAUCAUGAUCGCUGAGGACGUGGCCUUUCGCGUCCAUAGGGGCGUUCUCUCGCGCCAUUCCGAGACCUUUCGGGGGCUGUUCAAGACAUCGCGACCUGCGGACCUGGACGCGGACCUCAAGGUUGACGGGUGCCCGGUCAUUCCCGUCCAGGACUCAGCACACGACUUCAAGCAUCUGCUGCAUGUCCUGUAUGACGGCUUGGACACCUACCUGGAGCCGGGCAAGCCGAUCAAAUUCGGGAUUCUGGCGGCGCUCGUGCGCCUCAGCCAUAAAUACCAGCUGGAUCGCAUCUUCGCAAUCACCCUCAGCCUCAUGAAGGUCGUCUUCACCGACGACUUCCAAGCGUGGCGCGUCCGCGAGAGCAAGACUGAAAGCACGACCGGGGUCAAAAUCAAGGACACGGACGCGAUCGAGGCGUUCAACCUCCUGCGCACCUGUGGCCAGCUCGAGCUCCUCCCCGUCGCACUAUAUAUCUGCUGCGGGGUCGAAACGCGCGUGCUCCUGCGCGGCGUCAUCCGCGCGGACGGCUCGCUGGAGAAGCUGCGCGACAGCGACCUGGAGCGCUGCCUGGCCGCGCGGGACGUCCUCGAGCUGCAGAACGCAGCGCUCAACCGGUCGGUGUUCGACUUCGCGGACCCCGCUCGGCACGCCUGCCUCGCACCCAGCACGUGUCCCGUCACCUUGCACAAUGUGGGGCAUAUGGCGGGCUUGGGCACCAAGUCGGAGACGGAGGCGCGGCGGCUGUUCCAUCGAAUCCUCGCGGCGACGCCCAUGUCCACGGUGGUAUGUGCGUCUUGCGCAUCCUUCAUCACCUCUGGGCUGGCCACGUUCUACGAGAACUUGUGGCGCGACCUCCCCAAGAUCCUUGACCUUCCCGUUUCCACCUGGGUUCCCGCCACUUGA